AUCCCAUCUCUAUGCGUCGGUGCGCCCUGUCGCCUCUGUGCGACGUAUCUCCGCCGCGUUCUAUUGGCCCCGCCGUCUUCUCCCGCUCGACUGUCCUCUCGUUAUAAGGCACCAUGCAGCCCGACAAAGUCCACCAACGACGCACCGAUGGACCCCUACGCCUACUCGCAAGAUCGCGCAUACGCGGCGCCCAACCAUGGCCCUGUUCAGGCCAAUCAGUUCACCACUGACCACACCGCGAUGUCAAUGAACAGCCCAGCGUACGGGUUGCACUACAACUACGUCACGCAUCCUGCAUAUGCCCACCACCCAUAUCAGGAGUCGAUGUACAUCCAACCGCAGACGUUCGCUGAUUACUCCUUCCCUUCCUCCGCUGCUGCGCUCGCACCCCCGGCUUCUGAACCUAUCUAUCACCCCGCUGUGCCCCUCCACGCACCUGUACCAGUCUCUCCUUUCAGCACUCUCAUCUCCCCAGUUUCGCCGAUCUCUCAGGCAGCUAGUGACAGCGCCCCGGCCCCGCCGCUCCCUGCAGAAUCAAACGAUGCAAACGUCAGGACAGUGUCACCGACGUCUACGCCGCCGAUGGUUCCGUCGGCCCCCGCCGUGAGCCCUAGUACGACGGCGGCACCGGUCACUGCAGAGCAAAGCCCGCUCGAGUAUUAUGGGAACGCGACGCAGGUCAUGUUCCCGACCCCGAGCGAGCUGCUCACCGAGCUCAGUGCGCGCGACGUUGCUGGGACAGGCGGAGAGCCGAGUCGGAAGGCGUCAGUCUCCGGACCCUCUGCGCCGCAGGUUAACGUACCGGCCGCUUCUGUGAAAGUGAGCAAAAUCAAGGAGAGUGUCGAUGCGGCGCCGGUCCCUGCGAAGGCUCAGCCGGAGACGCAGCGCAAGGCGUAUUUCCGUCGCGUCGCUGAGGCCGUUGGGUUCAACCCCACAGAUCCGGACUCGAUCACGUCGCAUGACAAGAAGAGGAGCUACCUAGAGUGUCUCGAGCAAUACGUUCAAUGGUUGCACGAGCAAACCCGGCUUGUCGGGCGUGAACCAGUAGCUCUCGAGCGUGUUCAGCAAUAUAGGGGCCCGAGCAGCCGCUCAAUACGGACGUUGCUCGUGCACAUGCAAGACGAAGUCCGCGAGUUGCAUCAGCAAAUGGUAGAAGAUGAGCGCGCUUAUAUGGAUUUGCAGACGCAGAUUCAGAUGCAGCACGCAGCAGCAGCGGCGCAUCACCUGCGGCGACAUUCGGUCGCUGCUUGUGGGUUCAGCGACGCAUCGCUCUCGUCUGCGCCAUUCCUGCAGCCGUAUCCCAUCACCGCUCCCAGCCAUCACGCACCAGGAACAUACCAGCAAUACUGAAAGGGCUGCGAUCCGCUGCCUCACGAGGUCUGAAAGUCCGUCCGUAUCCCGGCAAGUCGCUCUUUUCCGCGAAGGCUAAAUUC